ACAGUCCGAUAAUCCGAAAACACGUUUCUUACAUGAAACAACAACAACAACAACAACGAUCAUAAACAAAAUUUGUUGUAUGUCAUUAAGCAAAAUGGACGGAAAGGAAUUCAAGCCUGUGGUCACAUCUUGGAAGAAUACAAAGCUGUCAAAUCCAUACUUAUUAAAAUGGCCAGCUGUUGACAACUUAAAUGAGACAAAAAUUACAGAUGAGUUGAAAAGCGUGUUCAGCAAACAUGCCGCUUGUUUGCGUACAAUUAAGAAAAAACUUCCUUGGAAAAAAAAUAAAGAUGGGGAAUUGGAUGACAAGCUCUCUGAAGAGGAAGAGAAUGAAAAGAAAAUGUUCAGGUCCAAGUUUGUGAUAGGUCUGCAACAAGUGAUAAGGGGCCUGGAAAAAAGCCAGCUGGGGUUAGUCCUCAUCAGCAAAGAUGUUCAGCCUGCUGUACUCAAGGCAAGCCUGUUGCAGAUGGUUGCGGGCAAGGACUGUGUCGCAGCCUGCGUUGGAGGGAUGUAUGCAGCUGUUAAGGACGCUUGGAAGAGCCUGUCUUCAAUGGCAGCUUUUGGAGUAUUGAAGACAAACAAUGCUGACGAGACAUUUCAGGCCCUUACAAAAUGUGUCUUAGAAAAUGCCCCAACAAUAAAUUCACUGUCUGAAUACGGAUUGGAAGAAGAUACAGACAUGCCCGAAAUCACAGCUCAUAUGAAUGCUGAUUGUGUUAAAGAAAAUGUUAACUCACUUAAAACAUGUGAAAAUAUGACUGAAGAAAAUGUUGGUCCUGGGGAGGCUUUUAAUCCUUCAAAACACUACAUCAUGAAGGUGGAUUCCAAGAAGGAUUUUUCUGGCCAAAGUUUCAUAGGGUUUUCAAAAGAGGAUGAACAUGUGGUAACCACAGUAACGGAAUUCGAAAACGGAAAAAGGAAGCUUUGUAAUCAAAGUUGGACUGGAAAACGUCAGAUGGGGAUAGGGUUUCCUGCAAACAUAAUUGCAAGGUUUGACACUGGGGAUGGAAUGAAAGGUCCUGGGUUGCAGAAUUAUGUGGAAGGGUCCAACAAGAAGUUCAAAAGUGGUUACAGAAAUGUUGAUCUGAUGCAGAGGGUCUCAAAACAGGACAAAAAGGUCAAGAAAAAGUUAAAAGGAAAGAAAAGCAAAAAGUAGUUCAUAAGUGUUUGUAUUUUAUUUACUAUCAGCUCAUAUGAAAACAAAUUGCUUAAUCGUUAGCUAGUGUUGUCAGUCACCGUCAGGUGUUAAUUGUUUGAAGUCAUGUGUCAACAUUUUUCUUCAAAAGCGUGUAAGGAUUGACUGCUAUUGGAAAUAUGUUUAAAACAUCAAGAUUUGUUAUGAUAUUACUCCAAGUUUUUCAUAAACCCUUCUUGUUUUUUCCUUGUUUCCUCCUAGGCUCCUAGUUUUUUGUUCAGAGCACACCUAGUUUUCUCCUAGUUUUUUGUUAAGGCCUGCAAAUGAUUCUAUAUGUGAAUAUGACCAGACUUGGCUGAUA